UCUGUCAGUGUCGUGGCUUGGUUUCGCACGGAAUUUGUAUUUUUAGUUUUAUAACAAUAAUUAAUAAGUAAAUAUGGCCUUUGAUGCGAUACCAAAGGAUCUGCGAGGACUACGCGCCUGCCUCGUUUGCUCCCUAGUAAAAAGUUUUGAUCAAUUUGAGACUGAUGGCUGCGAAAACUGCGAGGAGUUCCUGCGGAUGAAGAACAACAAGGAUAAUGUCUAUGAUCACACGAGCAACAACUUUGACGGAAUUAUUGCCCUGACCACGCCCACCGACUCCUGGGUGGCCAAGUGGCAAAGAUUGGCCCGCUUUACUCGUGGUAUCUAUGCCAUAUCCGUUUCCGGAACUCUGCCGCAGUCCACCUUACGUGACAUGAAGAACCGUGGGAUUGUCUACAAAUCUCGGGACCGAAGUCAACGUUAAACAACCAGAUUGCCGUACAAAAUACAUGUAUAAAUCUUUAUUUUUAAGUUAUAACAAAACCACGAAUACAUACAAUAGCAAUACAAAACGAAA